AUGCUCAACCUCAAGCAAUCUAAGGUCUCUAAGCCGCCGUCGAGUAAAACGAAGGUGAAGAGUCCAUCAAAGGCGUCCUCGAAAUCGAAGUACAAUCCGACAUCAGCAUCACUUGACAAAGCGCUCGCCAACAUCACUUCUACGGAUGAGAUUCAAGCACCGACUACCAAGGCAGAGGCUCGACCCGUCACAUCAAAAAGUAGCACGAAAACCCGCUCAAUACCCAAACAGGACCAACCACCACAGCAGCUGACCGACAUCCUCCGGCAACUUGCGUCGUCCGAGCCAUCUCUUCGCCGAUUUGCCCUCACGCAAGUCCUCACGCUUCUCAAUCAACAAAAUUUCACGUCCACCGAGCUCCAACAAAUUUGGCGGGCCCUCUACAUCGCCCUCUAUAUGCAUGACUCCAAGUCGGCUGUUUCGGUACAGAACCUUGCAAGGACACUGGCUGGCACUCUGCGGACGGUCUACGAGCGGGACUCAUUGGAUGACGAGGCGAGUGAGGAUGACAAAGGGGAGGAGCCCGACUACUCCGACGACUUUCCACAGAGUGCAGCCUGGGCGAACGCGUUCUGGGAGGAGUUAGCCAGGGAGUGGCCAGUGAUCGACCAGUGGCGUAUGAACAAAGUGUUGAUGCUGGUGAGGUUCUGGAUCAGCGAGGGGUUUGCCAUCGUGAGUGAAAUGGCUGGGCUGGUGAGUGGUGACUGGGAGGAGGCUACAGUCGACGAUGAUCUGUGGGGAAACUUCAUCGCCGAUAUUGUUGCGCUACCUCUGGAAGCGACGCGGAAGUUGCCCGAUGGGCUCCGAAUGCAUGUUCUGGACGUUUGGGGGGACGAGCUGGAGAGAAUAAAUCAGGCUGGCAAAGAAGACGAGGAGAGCGGGUCAACGGAUGCGGCUGAGGAAGAAGACCAUGAAGAGCGGCGGAGAUCUUUGGUUGCCAUGUUGCUUAUGCCCGUGAGAGAGCUGAGCAUCUUCCGUAAUGGUGGCAGUGGUGAUGGUGAUAGUGUUCCCAACAUGCCGAAGAAUGUGAGGGUGCGGGCGAAGGAGGUGCUGAAGAACCACGGCGCUGUGUUUGAUCCUCCAUUCGGAUAG